CUGGCCGUUUCUGUUCCCGGUCUUAUACCCUGGGCGCGACCCCGGGGGUGGUCCGCUGCUUCCGCCAUGGGCCUAGAGCUCUACCUGGACCUGCUGUCCCAGCCCUCCCGCGCCGUCUACAUCUUUGCCAAGAAGAACGGCAUCCCCUUCGAGCUGCGCUCGGUGGAGCUGCUCAAAGGCCAGCAGCACAGCGAUGCUUUUGCCCAGGUGAAUCCCCUGAAGAAGGUGCCAGCCUUGAAGGACGGGGACUUCACUUUGGCCGAGAGUGUGGCCAUCCUGUUGUAUCUGAGUCGCAAGUAUGAGGUCCCCGACCACUGGUACCCCCAGGACCUGCAGGCCCGUGCCCGUGUGGACGAGUACCUAGCCUGGCAGCACACAGCCCUGCGGAGUAGCUGCACUCGAGCCAUGUGGCAGAAGAUGAUGUUCCCAGUGUUCCUGGGUGAACAGGUGCCCCCUGAGACAUUGGCAUCUACCUUGGCUGAGCUGGACAGGUGCCUGCAGCUGCUUGAGGACAAGUUCCUAAAGGACCAGGACUUCGUUGCUGGACCUCACAUCUCAGUGGCUGACUUGGUGGCCAUCACAGAGCUGAUGCAUCCUGUCAGUGCUGGCUGCCAAGUCUUCAAAAGCCGACCCAAGCUGGCUGCAUGGCGCCAACGUGUGGAGGCCGAGGUGGGGAAGGAUCUCUUUCAGGAGGCACAUGCAGCUGUCAUGAAGGUCGAGGAUUUGCCUCCAGCUGACCCGGCCAUAAAGGAGAAGCUGAAGCCCUCCGUGCAGUGUUUAUUGCAGUGAGUGGAAGGCCAGGCUUGCAGAGAUGAUGGAGACCCUGUUGUCAGAAUGAAGAGGUGGAGUUGUCCCUCUCAGGCUGUGAGCAAGACACACUCUCCAGUCUCUGGUCCCUGGUUCCCUCCAAGCAUCAGGUCUUCGUUCCUUCUUCUGUCUGUUUCCACACUCCACUCCCGCCCCUUCCACUCUGACUUCGUGUCACCCCUGGAAAGAGCUUAGUAAACACAUAUUUGACCCCGUCUCUCCUGUGUUUGAAACUUUCCAUGGU